GCAUUCCUCAAAGCAGGAAGAGCAGUCGUGCCACAGCAGCAUCUUGUGUCCAUCCUGUGCUACAGGACAGUGGCGAGGAAAAACAAUGGACAUGCAGCAAUACAGCAUGCGUCUGUCCUGAACUGAAGUUGACUAUGACACUUUGCCUGUGGCUUAUUGUGGUGGCCCCAGUAUGCUGCUGGGGCCAGGGGCCAGUGGAUACAGGGGACAGUGGGGUUUUCCAGCCCCAGAGUGCCCUCACUGACAUGGAGUUUGCCAGUGUGAGCACGUACCACGGCCCUGGAAACACUGACCCUCGCCCCAAUAAUAAGCUGCCCAUCCUUCUGUGGUGGAGCUCCAAUCUGUUCCCGCACUUCCCAGGAGACACCGAGCGUGUGGACUGCGCCCACUCGUCCUGCCUGGUCACAAGCAACCGGAAAGUCCAGCUGUAUCGGCGCACGGCAUCCAUCAUUUUCUAUGGCACAGACUUCCGGGCGUAUGAGGCUCCGCUGCCACGCUUGGCCCAUCAGACCUGGGCGCUGUUCCAUGAAGAGUCGCCCAUGAAUAACUACCUGCUCUCUCACAGUGUUGGAAUCAGGCUGUUUAACUACACAGCCACGUUCAGGAGGGAGUCGGACUAUCCGCUAACGCUGCAGUGGUUACCCUCUCUGGAUUAUCUUCUGAAAGCACCGGCAGUCCCUCUGCAGGAGAAGAACCGCUGGAGACGGGCCGGUCUGGCCCCUGUGCUCUACAUGCAGUCCCACUGUGAUGUGCCUUCAGACCGCGAUCGCUAUGUUCAAGAGCUGAGGAAAUAUAUAGAGAUUGACUCGUAUGGGAAGUGCCUUAAUAACAAACCCCUGCCUGACUAUCUGGAGGACACCAGCACAGCCACUGGUGAAGACAGGCGCUUCAUGACUUUCGUCGGCCGUUAUAAGUUCCACCUGGCCCUGGAGAACGGCCUGUGUCCCGACUACAUGACGGAGAAGCUGUGGCGGCCCAUGCACCAGGGCUGUGUACCCAUUUACAGGGGCUCGUCAUUGGUGGUCGACUGGCUGCCGAACAAUCAUUCUGCUAUCCUCAUUGAUGAUUUCCCCUCUCCACGGGACCUGGCGGAGUUCAUAAAGACUCUGGAUCAAGACGACGCAGAGUACUUACGCUAUCUGGAGUACAAAACGCCCAGCGAGAUCACUAACCUGCGUCUGCUGGAGGGGCUGGAGAGCAGAGAGUGGGGCGUCAAUGACAUGAGUAAACCAAACUACCUGAACGGGUUUGAGUGUUUUGUGUGUGACAGAGAGAACGAGCGUCUGGCAGCGGUGAAAGCACACAGGAAGAACCCACAACAAAACCUGCCGCCUCACCCAAAGAUGGCCAACAACUCGCACAUGGGCUGCCCGCUGCCCAGCCCUGGAUACGGACCUGUGGAAAGUAUUGACCCAAAUGAUAGCUGGCUCCAGAUGUGGCCGCAGGACUACUGGCAGAGUCUGGAUCAAGCAGAGGGUUUGGAGUCACUCAUCAGACACAAUGUGUCAGAUCCGUCGUUAUUAUGGCAGCAUAUACAGAGCAUCGCUGUGAGGAGAUCCAGAGGCCAAUGAGAUGAACUCAGGACUCAUCCUCCUCCUGAGGGGACGUCACAGAUCAAAACUUCCUCUGACAGCUCAAGACUGAAUUAUUUCUGGAGACAAUUUGGCAAUCCACCCAAGGCUGAUGAGCCAUUUCUACAUUUUGAAAAUGCUUGGAAUUUCUAAUCAAAUAGAAACACAGUAAUCUUUUUACAUUUAAAUAUUUCACAUCAGUAUUUGUAUUACGCAUUCAUAAUGAAUGUUCUUGAGUUAUAUGUUAAUCUGAAAGUUUCAGCGGAUGUUGAACAUUCACAGCUCACAAUCACUCAGGCUUGCUUGCAGCUUGUCACAGAAGAUCUCAUAGAUGGAUAUCACUGCAGUUACGAUGAACACAGAAUAAUGGUUUCUUUGCAUGAGGGUCUUGAAGAGGGAAUCUCAUGAAAACACAUCAAGGUCAAGUUUUACUACAAAAAUGAAAAGGAAAAAAUACUGUAAAGCAACCCCCUUUUUUGGACCAUUAAGAUUUGAUUAUGUCUUUUUCAUGAGUUAAGCGCAUGAUGCAUCCAAAAUAUGUUGAUUAUGUGGCUGGAGGAUUUUUUUAUUUUUUUUGUACAGUAUAGCAUUUUUUCACAUGAUGGGAACUAAUGGGAAUUUGGGUCAUGUUGGAGCGAAGGUUGUCAUACAGUCACAAUUGAAAAAUGUGACCCUGGACCACAAAACCAGUCUUAAGUGUCAAUGUUUCACAGUUGAAAUGUAUACAUCAGCUUUAAAUAAGCUUUCCAUUGAUGUAUGGUUUGUUAGGAUCGGACAAUAUUUGGCCGAGAUACAGCUAUUUGAAAAUCUGGAAUCUGAGGGUGUAAAAAAAAUCUAAAUAUUGAGAAAAUCUCCUUUAAAGUUGUCCAAAUGAAGUUCUUAGCAAUGCAUAUUACUAAUCAAAAAUGAAGUUUUGAUAUAUUUACGGUAAGAAAUUUACAAAAUAUCUUCAUGGAACAUGAUCUUUACUUAAUAUCCUAAUGAUUUUUGGCAUAAAAGAAAAAUCGAUAAUUUUUGACCCAUACAAUGUAUUUGUGGCUAUUGCUACAAAUAUACCCCAGCGACUUAAGACUGGUUUUGUGGUCCAGGAUCACAAAUGUCAAAAAUGACAAUUUUUGCAAAAAUCAUGCAUAAAUUCAUAAAUAGGUAUACUUUUCUUAUUUUUUGAGUGAAUUAUUUUUUUUGGACCUGUUCUUGAGUGGUUCAUGAGAUUCUCCUACAAGACUCCUGGGACCUGUUUAUGUCUUGACUCGUUUAAAUGUUUGUGUACCUCAGUAUUUCUUAUGCAAUAUUUAUAUAUUUAUAUUUUUUAUUGCACAUUCUUGUAAUAAAAGGAGAAUUCAACUUGAA